ACACUCAGGAAGUCAACAGGGGAAGUUAGUGGUUCUUGUGUCACCAUUUUUAUGCUGCUACUUGCGUGCGGUGCAGAGUGAAGGGCGUUCGACACGUGGCAGAAUGCCCUAACACUCCAGCUGCCAGGAGAAAGACUGAUGUGCAGCGCGACACAAAGUGGGGAAACAAGCAAUAUGCUUUGAAACGAAACGGAAAAAACAACAACAACACAGUGAAAUCUCAGUCAGCACAUUCAUCCGUCACACAAUCACACACACACACACACACACACACACACACACUGAACAGCUCGGCCUGGAUGUGAGCUGAGGCCCGACGGGCAGAAGAGAUGCGGAGAGUCCGGAGACGAGGAGGGAACAAAGAGAAGGUGUUUGGAUGUGACCUGCUGGAGCACCUGACCGCCUCCUGUCAAGAGGUUCCUCAGGUCUUGCGAAGCUGCAGUGAGUUUAUUGAACAACAUGGCAUCGUGGAUGGGAUAUACAGGUUGUCUGGUGUGUCCUCCAACAUUCAGAAACUGAGGAGUGAGUUUGACAGCGACGGAGGGCCAGAUCUCAACAAGGAUGUGUACCUGCAGGACAUCCACUGCGUCAGCUCCCUCUGCAAGGCCUACUUCAGAGAGCUGCCCAACCCUCUGCUCACAUACCAGCUCUACGACAAGUUUGCAGAAGCUGUGGCCAUCCAGCUGGAGGAGGAGAGGCUGGUGAAGAUCAGGGAAGUGCUGAAAGAGCUGCCGCAGCCGCAUUACAGACUUUUGGAGUUUCUGAUGCGUCACCUCGUCAGGAUGGCCUCUCACGCCUCCGAGACCAACAUGCACUCCAGGAAUCUCGCCAUCGUCUGGGCACCCAAUUUACUCAGGUCCAAGGACAUCGAGGCCUCCGGCUUCAACGGCACAGCGGCCUUCAUGGAGGUGAGAGUCCAGUCGAUUGUGGUGGAGUUCAUCCUCACACACGUCUCUCAGCUGUUUCCUGAGCAAGACUCAGGUGUAUCCCGUGAGAGGCGGAAGUCCCUCCCAUCUCCAUCCCCCAUGUGCAGUCCGGAGGAGCCCUUCUUCAAAUCCGCUCCCUCUCAGUCUCCAAGCAGCUUCGGCAACAUCAGUCCAGGAGAUGGCCCUCUUCCCAUCAGGCCCUACCACGCUAUCAUUGAAGGCACCGACAAGAGGAAGGGAUCUCUCAAGGGCAGGAAGUGGAUGUCCAUCUUCAACAUCGGAGGACGAUUCCAUGACCCACGACGGAGGAACAAGAACUCAACCAAAGAUAAAGAAAGGCAUGCUUUGAGACCCGCCAGAAGCAUGGACUCCCUUAGCCCAUUCUAUCCAAAUGAAGGUUCCAGACACCCUGCCCAGCGCCCUCCAUCAUCCAACAUGUCCAACGCCGCCCCUCCCUUUCCCCAGCCUGCCCCAGAAGGUGGAGCGCCUGCUGGUGGUGGUUUAGGCAGCAGCGGAUAUGCUGUGACCUACCGCAGGGGUACAGGUGUGGUGGGCGGGGGCGGGGGCACCCAGGGCACCUAUCAUGUCAUUGACCCUGAUGGGUCAGGGACCAUGGGCAGCGAGGGUCAGACGCACCAGUCCAGAUCCCCGGGUCUCUCGACUAAAGCGGGCAGACGAGCCGCCAUGCACAUCAGCGGGCCGCACCUGGUCACAGUGCCCUUACAUAUCACCUCCAACCUGGCACUAGGGGUGCUGCAAGGAGGCGGAGGGGACCGGGUCAUCCACUGCGGCAGGGAUAAAGAUGAAGGGGACAAGGUGGAAAGUAAGGAGGGAGGAGAGAAAGUGGAGCAAAGAGAGAUUGAAAGGAGAGAGACAGGUGAGAAGGUUGAUGCAGUGGAGGAUGUGAAAGAGGACAAAGAUGAUGGAGGGAAUUUGAGAGAGAAGGAGAAGGAGGUGGAAGGGGAAGGGAAGGUGAGCGAGGCGGAGGAGGGUGGGGGUGCAGAGGAAAAAGGUGAGGAGGUGAAAGAGGAGGAGAAGGAAGAGCGGACACCGAGAGAAGACGGUCCAAUGGAGACGAUGCUGGUGGAGGGAGGUGGAGGUGAGAGAGGAGAGCAAGGUGCCAAGCAGCUGAACUCCAACACAGAGGAAGACGCUGACAGAGACUCUGACAACAAUGACGAAUACAUGGAAAUGAAAGGGGAGACGGUUGCAGUGGCAGUGCCACAUUCCCCCGUGGCCGAGAUGAGUGUGUGCGAGCCGGAUGUGUCUGACGUCCUCAACUCCACUGAGGUGGACGGAGACGACCAGGAGCUGCUUGGAUACCUUCAAGAUAAUUUUGACUUCCUGGACCAUAUGGACUGCAGCGUCUCCAACCAGGUGCAUGAGUUUUCUGUGGAGCCUCCUGCUUAUGAGGAUGAUGAGUAUGAAGUCAUGGAGCAGCACAGCACUUCCAUGUACCCACCAGAUCUGACAGAGCUGAUGCCUCCCAGCCCAAAGACGCAGCCUCCGCCAGGCUUGGACGCAGACGCUGAGACGGAGGCCCAGUUAAACUCACACAGGCCGCUCAGCAUCGACGCACAGGGGCGACAUGUGAAAUCCCUGAGUUUGCCUUACAGGAGUGCACCGUUCCUCCCAGCCCAGUCCUCCUCUGAAGAGGAUGAUAUGGGUGAUGACAACGAUGAAGAUGAUAGUGAUGAGGAGGACGAGGAAAUGUUUUAUAAAAGUCUUCCAGCUAGUUACAUUUUUGACAACAUGACUUGGCCUGACUCAGUUAUGGAUGCAGGAGACGUCUCCUCGCCUCCCCCACAAUCUAACACUGUUGACAGACUUCCUGCUGACCAAUCACAGAGCAGAGAGCCCGAGCCGCUGGACACUGAAUUCUCUGUGUGUAAAGAACAAGUUAUUGAAAAUAAGGAGCAGAGAGAAGUGAAAGAUGAAGAGGAACUGGAGAAGAAGGAGCACGCAAAGGGGGAAGAAGAAGAUAAAGUUGACCAGGACUCAGACCAGGAGGAGAAAAAUAUGCAAACACAAAGCUCAGGGAUACAGGAAGAUGUAGUUGAUGGCAGCACUGCAGAAGACGAUCCGGGCGACACAGAGAAAUCUGUCACCUCAGAUCCAUCAACAACUUGCUGUGUGGAGCAUCCACCGCCAAGGACUGAGAGAAACGAUGAAGCUGGCAUUAAGGUCGAAGAAAAGAGGGAAGUGGUUGAGAAAUACUGCGACGAUGGUCAAACCUCUGCAGGUCGCUUCGAUGAUGCCGCAGACACCACAAAUUGUCAUGCUGUUUCUUGUUUCGAGGUUUCCAGACAAAUAUCUGUGAGGGCAACAGUUGAGGAGGGAGAGAGUGAUGAGGGAGAUGAGGGUAAGGUAGAAGGUGAGAUAAAUGACAGCUUUAGAGGUAGAGAAGAGAGACAGGGAAUUCGACCUGAGAUGCCUGAGGAAGCGGUUGGAGACAGAGAGGAGGAUGAGCAUGAAAACCAAACGCAGGGAGGCGGCACAGAGCAGGACGAUACACUCUGUGGGAUGAGCUGCGAAGUCUGGGACGAGAUUCAAGAAGCGGUAUGUGAACUCAUAGAAGAUGAAGAAAGUCAGACUGCAGGUGAAGGUGCCACCGGGGAGAGAGAUGUGACAGGAGAUGCUGUCAAAGCCGGGGAGGAGGAAGAGCAGAUGGAGACAGGAAAGGCGGGAGUUCUUUGCAAAGAGAAAAAGACCUCAGAAGAGGAUGAUGUGGCAAGGGAGGAGGAGGAAGAAGACGUGAUCAUCAGGACAGAGGCUAAAACAGAGGCUGUGGAAGAACUGCUGGAGGCACUGGUGAUUGAAGAAGAUGAUCUAGAGAUGCAGCUUGAUGUAGAGAUUCAAGAGAUUAAUUUGCCAAAGAAAAGAAGUAAAGAAGAAGAUGGAGAAAUCCAGUUGAAGCGUGCCAUAAAGGAGGAAGAAAGAUGCAAUCGCCCAAACACAACAGGGGGAGCGGGGGAUUCAGAGGAGCAAGAAAAAAGAGAAGCAAAGAUAAGAGGAGUGCCUCAAAAGAACAACUUCAAACUUUAUCAAGCCUGUGGCCUCCAAACACCAGUUCAUAAAGUUUACCAAGUAAAAUCAGUGCCCGUGCCACCCAAGCCGCAGCACUGCAGACUGACUGCACUGAGCCUCCGGCAGCAGCAGCAGCAGCAGCAGCCAGCAGCAAAGAGAGCGGAUGAUCUGAUGACAAGAGCAGCGACAGAGAGGCGAAAGCAGAGAGGGACAAGGCGUCGCAUGGGAGAGCAGGGAAAAGAGGAGCAGGGGAACAUGAGAGCGCGAGGGGAAGAUGGGAGCGACAGGUGCUCAAGGGAGGGGAGAGGGAGAAGCAGGAGGAGGGGGUAUGAAGGCGUCGGGAUGCGGGACACCACCAGAAACAGUCCCCUCAGCAUGUGUUUUGAUGAGGCCGUUGCCAUAGCAACCAUGAGGCGAGGGAGGGAGAAAGAGAGCGAGAAGGAGAGGGAGAGGCAGUGGGACUGGGGACAUGAGAUACAGUAAAGGGGCAU